UCUGCCCCCUCCCCUCCCCUUGAUCAUUGCUUGUUGACUUGUCUCCCCCACUAGACUGUGUGCUCUGUGAGGGCAGGGGCUUUGUACAACCAGGGACCAACACCUGAUGCAAUGAUUCAAUAAACAUCUGUUGAAUUAAUAUGAAAGAUCCCCCCUGAUUCCUCUGUUGCUGGGCCCCUGUCCCCAAACCAGGAUGUAGGGCCCCAGAGUGGCCGUGGGUGAGGACACUCUGUCCCUGGCUGUUCUGACACUGAUUUCUAUCCCAAACAGGUGUUGCCUCUCUCCUUCCUCUUGGUCAAAUUCUCUUCCACCAAUAUAAGCCCAAACCGGAGGCUGGUGGACAGUCAUGCAUUUUAUGGCAGGCUCUGCAGGUAGCCGGAGUCUUGGGCCCCUGGGCCUCCACAGCAUCCCCCAAGCCCUGUACAUGGUCCUUUUAAUAGUGUCGGUCAUGAAGAGCUUGGUGUUUGGUAAAUUUGAUCUUGUCAAUCAAGAACCCCCUCAUCCAGUUCAGUACCCCAAAUACCUGUGCUGCUAUCGAUGCCUCUUGGAGACCAAGGAGUUGGGGUGCCUUCUGGGAUCUGACAUCUGCCUCGUCCCGCCUGGCAGCAGCUGCAUGACUCUCUUCAUAAAGAAUGGCAGUGGUUCUGACAUCAUGGUGAGUGACUGUCGCCGCAAGGAGCAGCUGAGUGAUUGCUCAUAUACCCACUCUUCUCCGGUGUUUGGCUUCUGGAUAUACUCUCAAUGCUGUUUCCUGGAUUUCUGCAAUAACCCACAGAACAGAGUGUUCUAA